GGAAGAUGUCUAGGGGUGACAGAGAAGACAUAAAAUGGGUAUUAAACUCAGAAGGAUGAAGUGAAAACAAGCAAUGGGACAAAAUUCAUCUCAACCUGCCAGCCCCCCUCCUGUGAGUAAGAUAUAUCAACCUGCCAGCCCCACUCCUCUUUUAGUGGACAAUAAGAGGACAAUACAAUGGGGAAUCACUGGUCGAGCUUUGGUUGAUGCAACCUCUCAAGACAGCUUCACCACUGAAUACAAAACUUACAAAAUCCAGAAAGGACAACCAGGAACAUUUUACUCUUUUGAGUUCACUGACAUCAUGGGCCUUGAGAAGGACACUAAUAAAGGAGUUGGUGUGGAGGACAUCAAACUGGCCAUGAGGGGAAACAUAAAAGAUGGUUACAAAUUCAAUCCUCUCUCUACCAUAUCUAAGGAUGAUAGUAGCUACAACGACAAGCCCACUCUAAAUGACAAAGUUCAUGUUUUGGUUUGUGUCGUCCCUGCCAGCACAGUAGAUUUACUGAGUGAUGAAACUGUGAAAAAGAUGAGGGAAGUCAGACUUGCAGCCAGGGACAUGGGGAUUCCCCAACUGACUAUUCUCACCAAAAUUGAUGAAGCCUGUCCAGAAGUCAAAAAAGAUCUAAGGAAUGUGUAUAAGAGCAAGUCCCUGAAGGAAAAGAUGGAGAAAUUCAGUGUGUCGCUGGGUAUUCCACUGACCUGCAUCUUUCCUGUGAAGAACUACCACUCAGAGAUCACCACAGAUGAUGACAUUGAUACACUGCUACUGAGACAGAUGAUUGAUUUUGGAGAAGACUUUGUCAACGACCUGUAGACCUACAUGCUGCAGGGGCAAAUGUUGUUUUUUUUGAGCAUGAACAUGUAGUCUCACAGUAAUUAUGAAUCUCAUGAUUAGCAUGUCAACAGGUCAAAAUGUCUGGGCUAAAACUGGGCUAAAUAUGGUUGAAAAGUGAAGCUUAUUUAAACUUCUGGUUAUAUAGGCUAUGUACACAUGGCAGAUAUCUGUUGCUACAACAGCAUCUUCUUUGAACCUGCUACAAAUUCAUUGUGCUAAAGUAGUGCUGUUAAAAUAAAACCACAGUAAACAAUACAA